GGCGACGCCACUGCUCCCUGAAAGCACGUCGCCUGAUUCUCUGCUCUUCUUCGAGUCUUUCCCUCUCAUAUCGUGCCUGUGUCGACCCUGACGUAGACUCCAAUGCUUAGAAUACCUAUAUUUAUUUCACCCCGUUAGAUCAACCCAUCAGUUCAUGUGACCAUUGGUCGCUGUAUCAGCCCUGCUCCGAGGAGCCGCUGGUGCCUUGCAGUGAAGCUUGGAUUGAUACAACGUGGUUAACUUGAAUCAUUGUUCGUCUUACCCCUCGCCAAACUCGCCCUUUUAUUUACUUCGACAAUGACUUGGUGGCGUCGCGACUCGGCCAUCUCCCCUGUCCAGCGCUACGCGCAACGUCUACUCCGCUCCCACGAGGCUGCUCUUCGUACUCGAGGCUUCUCUCGCACACCAUCGCAAAAUGCAAAACAUGGAGACGAUAAGGGCACCAAUCGCCCACCGGGCCUGUCCAAUCUCGAGUGGGCACAAUUGCAACACUAUCAGCGGUGGCGAAAGAAGUUGAUGGAGGACCCAUAUCAAGCUCUCUUCGGUGCGAGCAAUAGUAUGCUGAGUGGGAAGGGAUUAAAAGAUUGGGAGUGGAUUAGCAACUCAUUUCCCAAAUGGAUGCUGAGGGAGACGAACGACUAUGGAGAUGCCACGCCGCAACCAAAAAGAGAAAAAAACAUGAACUCUUCGAAGAGAAAUGCGAAGAAAGAAGACAUGGACUAUGAAGGGUCAGGUAUCUCCAAAAAGAGGGAAUCCCACUUCCCGCAGCCUUCCUUCAGGGCCACGCAAAUCGGCGGUGACGAUGCCCGUGCUAUUGUCUCACCCUCGGACCUGAGAAGGCCGAGUGAGCAACUUCACGUUACAGUCAUUGGGGAAAGUAUAGAAGCGAGUACCCAAUCCAUUUUCAAGCCCCAAUCUCCCACCUCCUCAUCAAAUGCAUCUAACACUUUCGAAUCAUCGCCUCCGACACCACCGAAGAGUACACAGUCCUUCAGCGAUUACAUAACAAAGUCGAAUUCGGAUGCCAUAGGCAAGAUCGAUAAAAUGAGCAAGCCUACAACAUCCCAAGGGGCUUCUUUCAUGGAUGGGUUUCUUACGGAAAAGCCUUCACAAGAUGAACCAAACGUCGACACUCCGAAGGUUUCUACUUGGAAGGAAACUGCGCUACAGAGGCGUCUAUUGCGAGACGAUGUGAUAAAGAAAGGCGUCAACAAUGAGCCUUCAAGUAUCCUGCCAGUCGUCAAAGAAGCUGGAACUAUGCCGCCGGCUGCAACCAUAGAUGAGAACUCUACAGCGCCACAAGUGAAGCAAGCUGUACUUGUCGCAGACGUGCACGAAGAACAAAAGCCCUCGCUCAACGAAUACGUGUAUUCACCAAAAGAUCACGCUGUACCUACUAGGUCAACAUCAGAGACACUCAGUCAACUGCCUGAAGAUGAUAUUGACUUCUUGAGUGCAGCUGAGAUCCGCGCGUCCAUGGGUACGAAGAAGAGUAAAAUCCUGAGCGACGAACAAAGGAAAACAGAACGAGAAAACUUAGAAAAAUCUUUUGCUGAAGCACACGCCGAGACAAACGAAGUGGACCCGAUGAUUGAAUCGAAGAUCAUCAAUGAUCAACUUGUUCGCCGCAUAGAGCGUAAGAUGCAGAUACCAGAAGAGCCAAAGGAGAUCGAUGAACCUCAGCCGACUACAAAAACUGAUCAGACAUCGACGCUGGCAAACGAGGCCCAAAUGGAGUCUAGUAUUGAGCGUAUGAAAUCUUGGCUCGAGCAGGGUGGUGCUAUAUUCUCCAGCUACUUCUGGCAAGAUCCAACAGAGGAAGCAGACGCAAAGAAGACUCGCUUGUUCUUCGACAGGGUGCUCGAGCGUAUUCGCAAGGGACGCUCAACUAUGAGACAAGUCAUUGAAGAUCUAGAGACAGAUAUUCCUGCGUCCAAAGCACUGUUAAAACGCAUGAAAGCCGACGAAGACGUCUUGGACUCUGCAAUCCAUGCUUUGCGACAACGCUCAGGUAGCGCCAAGAUGCACUCGUUGACGCCCAAGAAGGUCCGAGCGAUACAGUCCCUGCGUUUAAAGUAUCAGGACACAGACAAUGAUCUGAACAAGGCUUACGCGGCUUUGGAGGAGAUCGGCAAAUCCGAAGCUGCCAAGAAUCCUCCCUUGGCUUUCAAGCAACGGCUCGGCUUGUCAGCGAAGAUCAUCCAGAAAAACGCUCAUCUCACACGGUAUUUGAUUUGGAGUCUGCAAGCUCGUCUCGAGGACCCGGAGAUCGACCGAAGCAUGCUGGUAAACUACAAAGCUGUGGCUAACAGCUUACUGACGCUGAGGGAUACCCAAAUGGCUCUGUCUCGACUGGUGGACCGUGCUAUGUUGGUAUACGGGGUAGUGCCACAGACUGUGGAGAAGGCCGAAUCGAUGGACCAAAGCAUUCUGAAUACGCCAAGUGAGCAUGGGCAAGUGUCUCAUGAGUUGUCUCCCAGUAUGAACAAGAUCGACAAAGCCCAGCUUCGUGCUAGAAUAGCGGCUGAAGAACACCUUGCCAACGAGGUUGAUGCACAAAAGUUAGCAAUGCGCGGACUGUCAGACGAUGGGUAUGUGCGUGAGCCAAAGGCCCUGGCGAAGAAGUCAUUUGAGGAGCGUAGCCCGCUUGACCACAGCCUCUACAGACCCUUUGGACCGGUGCUGGAGAGUCUGGGUAGUGAAUUGCCUUCAAGAAUUGAAGUGUCCAAACCCGAGGAAGUGGAACAGAAGUACAACGAUGCUGAGCUGGUCGCUGAAGUGCAAAAGGCUUACGAAGAUACUUAUGGGCCAAUUAUUGCUGACCCCCAGCAGCUGGACACUGCUGAUGAAGUAAAACAUGACCAAGAGAAUGCUGUUAAGAAGUUUGAGAUGUUGAAAGACAACCCUACAGUCAGUGAGGAGAUUCCAGUAGGGGCCAGCGCUACCCAGGCGCCCGAGCCUGAAAUCACCACUUCACAAAUUGCAGAGAACGAGGCUACCAGCGCACAAGUCGAGGCCUCGACCGAAACCUCUACUCCAACACCUCAACUCACGCAAACAUCUCCAGAACCCGCCACUGAGACCUCUACAACAGCAACCUCGUCCGCCAUUCCAACUGCUAACCUCCCAACCCACUACACCAUCCUAAUCCACAACGCAGAAACCAACACCCUCACCCACACAACCUCGACCUCCCCACCACCCCGCGACCCCUCACCCACAAUCCCCCUCCACACCGCCCUCGCAAGCCUCUCCUCCCCCUCAAAAUUCAUCCCCCACAUAACCCCAGACUGGGAAAUUGUAACCGCAAAACCAGACAUGCUCAUCUUACGCAACGUACUCGACCCAUCUCCUUCCAGCACCCCCAAGGCUCUGAAUGCACCCGAGCACAGCAACACCGCAGAUGAAUGCGAUGUCCAGCGUGCAGGAACCGUGAACCCAAUCGAUGGUACUACGCGUCUCUCCCCAACGGGAUAUGUAGGACCUGAAGAGAAUCGCGAGCAGCUAGAGAAGGAAUUUGAGGAGCGGAGACGCGCGGCGGAGCGGGUGGUGCUGGGGUCUGGUGCUGAUCCGGAGGAGAGUGCGAAGGGCUCAACGGCGGGGAGUACGAAGAAGAAGGGACGCGGGGCGGGAGUUGUCAAGACAGCGAUUUGGGCGGCGGCUGUGUGUUAUGUUGUUGGUGUUUUGGGUGAGGUUGUUGCUUAAAGGCUGUGUAGGAGGGGGUUUAUGCUAUUCGCACCUUUUUGUAAAUCUUUUUCUUUCCUUUGAUAUGUUUUUUUCUUGUUCCGAUGGUUGUAUCUACGCGUCGUUGGAUCUACACCGCUCUGGCUUCUAUAUUCCGGUUCUGGCUCAGGAGUCAUUAUCAUGUAUAAAUAUCUCAUAUCGUAAAUGGAAAUAAAAUUCAUAGCAUCAACCAAAAA